AUGUCACAACAACGAGGUGUUCCUGACUGUCCGAUAGGUCAUGACAACUGCUCACCGGGGUCUACGCCAGCUCCUCUCUUCGAGGAGGGAACAGGCUUCAAUUUGUUUAAGAUCCUUCGUCGAUUCGGGUCAGUGUUCUGCUGUCCCCCCACAAGGUGCGCCAUAAUGAGGAAGUUGGCAUUCCAACCACCGAAUCCCCCGACUUAUAUCCUGAAAGACGAUGAAACGACGAAGAAUGGUCGCCGUUUGCAAGUUGUAAAAUCGAAUCAUCUCCUCUCUGAGCGCCUCCUCUCGAGAACAAGAGAAGCCAAUGUCUUCACGGUUCGGAAAAAAGACAACUGCCAAGUCGCCAUGAUCAGACUAUCGGUCGAGCCCGGCGAAAGCUCGCAAUAUACGGUUCUCUUCAGUCAUGGGAACGCGACCGACUUGGGUCGAUGCUUCCCAUUCGUCGAAUGGUUUGUCCGCGAGUUCGAGUGCGACGUCGUCGCUUACGACUAUUCCGGUUACGGUGCAAGCGUCGGGAUCCCGAGUGAAGAAAACAUGCUCACCGACGCCGAGACAGUCUUUACCUACGUCGUCUCUGAGCUCAAGCUUUUGCCGAAAAAAAUAAUUCUCUUCGGUGAGAGUAUUGGCUCUGUCCCAGCCUUACACCUCGCCACGAGAGAAAAUGUCCGUGGUCUGGUGCUUCAAGGGGCGCUGGCUUCGGCCGUGAAAAUGCUCUUCCCAUCUUACGAUGGGAAUCCGUUCGGCAUGGAUUGCCUGAGGAACAUAGAACGCGUACCUGGAGUCCGCUGCCCCGUUUUGUUCAUUCACGGCACGAAUGACGAUGUCGUCAACAUUGAGCAUGCGAAACAGCUGAUAAGUAAAUGUCCUACAGCUGUAGAGCCGCUGUGGAUUCCAGGAGCCGGACAUUGCGACUGUACCCACGACCCCCGCUAUGCCGAGAGAAUGAAAACGUUCAUAGAGACGCUGGAUUGA